AUGGCGUCGAUGAUGCAACCGCAGAUCAUCCUGCUCAAGGAGGGCACGGACACGUCACAGGGGCGCGCGCAGGUGGUGAGCAACAUCAACGCGUGCACGGCGGUGGGCGACACCGUGCGGACCACGCUGGGGCCCCGGGGGAUGGACAAGCUCAUCCACGACGACAAGGGCGGAGUCACCAUCUCCAACGACGGCGCCACCAUCAUGCGCCUUCUCGACAUCGUGCACCCCGCCGCCAAGAUCCUUGUCGACAUCGCCAAGUCACAGGACUCCGAGGUUGGUGAUGGGACAACUACUGUGGUGCUUCUAGCUUCAGAAUUCUUGAAGGAAGCAAAACCUUAUAUUGAGGAUGGGGUGCACCCCCACAGUCUAAUUCGCAGUUAUAGAACUGCAGGCAAUAUGGCAAUUCAAAGGGUUAAAGAGCUGGCAGUUAGCAUUGAAGGAAAAAGCCUUGAAGAGAAGAAAACAUUGCUAGCCAAGUGUGCUGCUACAACACUCUCUUCAAAACUUAUAGGCGGUGAAAAGGAAUUCUUUGCUUCUAUGGUUGUGGAUGCUGUCCUUGCCAUUGGCAAUGAUGACAGGCUUAAUCUUAUCGGGAUUAAGAAGGUUCCUGGAGGUACCAUGAGAGAUUCUUUUCUGGUGAAUGGUGUUGCGUUCAAGAAGACAUUUUCGUAUGCUGGAUUUGAGCAACAACCAAAGAAGUUCCUGAAUCCGAAGAUUCUUUUGUUAAACAUUGAACUAGAAUUGAAAUCUGAGAAGGAAAAUGCAGAGAUCAGGUUAUCUGACCCUCUGCAAUACCAAUCAAUUGUUGAUGCUGAAUGGAACAUUAUUUAUGACAAACUGGAUAAAUGUGUGAAAAGUGGAGCGAAGAUAGUUCUGUCUCGGCUAGCUAUUGGUGAUCUUGCAACACAGUAUUUCGCAGAUCGAGACAUUUUCUGCGCCGGUCGUGUCACAGAAGAAGAUUUGCAACGUGUUGCUGCAGCAACUGGUGGAACUGUUCAAACUUCUGUAAAUAAUGUCAUCGAUGAGGUACUUGGUUCCUGUGAGGUCUUCGAGGAAAAGCAAGUAGGCAAUGAAAGGUUCAACAUAUUUAGUGGCUGCCCUUCUGGUCAGACAGCGACUAUUGUGCUCCGUGGUGGUGCAGACCAGUUCAUUGAGGAAGCUGAACGGAGUCUCCAUGAUGCCAUCAUGAUUGUGAGGAGAGCACUUAAGAACUCGACAGUUGUGCCGGGUGGUGGUGCUAUUGAUAUGGAAAUAAGCAAGUAUCUCAGGCAGCAUGCGCGGACAAUUGCUGGGAAGUCUCAGUUCUUUGUAAAUUCGUUUGCUAAAGCCCUCGAGGUUAUUCCACGUCAACUUUGUGAUAAUGCUGGAUUUGACGCUACUGAUGUUCUCAAUAAGCUCAGGCAGAAACACGCAUCCGGUGAAGGUGCUAAUUAUGGUGUAGACAUAAACACUGGCGGAAUUGCUGAUUCCUUUGCGAACUUUGUGUGGGAACCUGCUGUUGUAAAGAUCAAUGCUAUAAAUGCUGCAACCGAAGCUUCCUGCCUUAUUCUUAGUGUUGACGAAACAGUGAAAAACCCAAAGUCGGAGAGCGCACAAGGUGAGGCUGCAGCUGGUGCAAUGGCUGGUCGUGGUGGAGGGGCAAUGCGAGGACGUGGUGGCAGGGGCAUGCGCAGGCGAUGA